AUGUUUUGUCGACUCCCUCAGGAUUCUUCUGGGCGCUUGCCUCUCUUUUUCUCAACGCGAAAAAGGGCAGAAAACUCCGCUCUCUUCUUCGAUGGCCAAAUCCGCUCACCGCCUCUUCCUAAUAACAAUAGCCCUAGCCUCGCUUCUCUUCUCUUCCGGCGCCGCGCUGGCCGCCGCGGCGGCGGAGAGAAAGCGAACGUGAGUUCGCUGGGUGGGAUCUUUUGGGCCACCGGCAAAGACGAGAGCGAUCUCGUGGCGGCAUUGGAAGCGGAGGAUCCCUCGGCCGUCGAUAGAGACUCCGAUGAGCUCGCCGGCGGCUUCUCGUCCCUCGAUAGCAUGCUUCAGUGGGCGAUAGGUCAUUCUGAUCCUGAGAAGUUGAAGGAAAAAGCUAACGACGUUCAAAGACUAUCAACAAAUGAACUGAAAAAACGCCAAUUGGAAAUAAAGGAGUUGAUGGAAAGAUUAAAAACGCCAUCAGAUGCCGAGUUGAUGAAAAUAGCUAUAUCUGAUUUGAAUAAUUCUUCAUCUUCUGUGGAAGAUCGGCAGCGUGCACUAGAUGAGCUUCUGAUUCUUGUUGAGCCUAUUGAUAAUGCAAAUGAUCUUGAUAAACUUGGAGGCCUCGUUGCUGUCAUUCGAGAACUUCAUAAUGCUGAGCCAGAGAUACGGAAAACAUCUGCAUGGAUUCUUGGCAAAGCCAGUCAGAAUAAUGCCCUUGUGCAAAAUCAGAUCCUUGAGUAUGGGGUGCUACAGAUCUUAAUCAAGAUGGUAGGAUCCAGUUCUACAGAAGAAGCCAUAAAAGCGUUGUAUGCCAUUUCAGCUUUAAUUAGAAAUAAUGAGCAUGGUCAAGAAUUGUUCUGUAUAUCAAAGGGAAACUUAAUGUUACAGGACAUAAUGAGGAACUCUAGCCUUGAUGUGAGGCUCCAGAAGAAGGCUGCUCUUCUAGUCGCAGAUUUAGCAGAUCAUCAGCUGCACAAUGCAGAGAAUAUGAAACAGUCUUUUCUUAGCAAUCAUAUCUUCUUGAAAUCUGUUGUUGAUUUGUUGUCCUCUGCUGAUCUCGAUCUUCAGGAAAAGGCGCUAUUGGCAAUUAGAAGUCUGCUCCAGCUUAGCUAUACAGAUGCCUCAGAUUUCAAGGCUUUUUGUGGCCUGGAUAGGGUGUUGAAUAGAAUGAAGGAGCAAUUAGAGAAGUUAAGGACACUGGAAGAACAUAAAGAUUAUGCUAGAGAAUUGGAAGGCCUUCGAGAAGAAGUAUACACGAUAUUCCAUCAGAAAUUGGAGAAGAGAUCGUGGGUACCAACGUAACAUUAAUGCUGGGUUGUACACUUGGUUUUUACCAAUACAUGGUUUCAUGUGUUUCCUGCAAUUAUCUCUUCGAUGUAAAUCCUGGAUGAGGAUAGUGUGGGAUUUAGCCUGUGUAUAAUACUGCAUUGAUCAUGAAGGCAGAAGGAGGAAAUUUGAAGUUAUGACUACCUCUAGAUAGCUAACUUUAUUUGCAUGACGAUGUAAUUAUUUGUUCCAUAUGUAUCUGCUUUUGUUUUUCUUGAUAUUACCUUAUGUCUGAACUAGGUGUGGUAGGGACUGUAUCGUACUCCAUUCUGAAUUUUUGAAACAGUUCUUUUAUUCUCACCCC